UCCCCGCCCUCUGUCAGCGCGCCUGGGCCCGGCCCUCGGAAGCCGGGAGGCCGCGCGGGGAUGGACGGCGCUGGGGCUGGCGCGGCCGCGGCGGCCUCGAACGAGGCGCCGGGGCCCCCGGGGGGCGGGUUCGCGCUGGCGGAGUGCGGGGCCGCGCUGCGAGGCCCCCCGGAGGCCCCGGGCCCCGCCUCGCUCGGCUACCUGCACGUCCUGUGGCAGCGCGACCCGCCGGCGGGCAAGAUCCCCGCCCGCCGCCAGCGCAGGGCCGCCCGGCUGCACCGCGCCCUGGGGCCCACGGGCAAAGAGAUCCACGCUCUGAAAAGAUUGAGAGAAUCCGCCAAUGCUAACGACUUAGAAACAGUGCAGCAACUCUUAGAAGAUGGGGUUGAUCCCUGUGCUGCAGAUGACAAAGGCCGUACGGCCCUGCACUUUGCCUCCUGCAAUGGCAAUGAUCGCAUCGUGCAGUUGCUUUUGGACCAUGGGGCAGACCCGAACCAGAGAGAUGGACUGGGGAACACUGCAUUACACUUGGCUGCCUGCACGAACCAUGUUCCCGUCAUCACGCUGCUGCUGCGCGGAGGAGCCAGAGUCGAUGCCUUGGAUCGAGCCGGGAGGACUCCUCUGCACCUUGCCAAGUCCAAGCUGAACAUCCUGCAGGAAGGGCUCUCUCAGAGCCUGGAGGCCGUGCGCCUUGAAGUGAAGCAGAUUAUCCAGAUGUUGCGGGAAUACCUGGAGCGCCUUGGGCAGCAUGAGCAGCGGGAGCAGUUGGAUGAUCUCUGCUCCAGGUUACAGAUGACCAGUACUAAGGAGCAGGUGGAUGAGGUCACUGACCUCCUGGCCAGCUUCACCUCACUCAGUCUACAGAUGCAGAAGAUAGAGAAGAGGUAAUGGGCUUUCAGAUCGUUCCCCUGGUCAACAGGAGAGGCCCCAGGGGAGGGGCAGCUGGAGCGCAUCACCUAGAUUAUAAACAUUGCUGCCACUGCCAGAUACCCUGUUCCUGCUGGACCCUCCCCAGCGUAGCACUCAACUCUCAGACUAUCCCGUCCGGUGCUGCCAUCACCACCACCUUCUGAGGCGCCUAGGAAGACAAUUGAAUGCUGGAGCUCCUGACUUUUGGAGCAAAGGGCCCCUCUUCCUUAUCAUCCUGCUCUAUAUUGGAUGGUUUAACGAAUGUGCUGGCCUUGUGUGGCAUGUCCCUCUUUUGAACACUCAGCCUUUCUCAAAGCAUCCCAAGCUCAGAGUGAUUGGGGCGCUAACCAGUGUACCCCUGGUCACCAGCUACACCCAGGUGCACUCAGGCAGCGACAGCUCUCCGACAUGCCUUUGUGUACAGAUCUGCCUUUCCUAGGCACCAUUGGACAUGGUCACAGUAUCUAGUUGCACAUGAGUAGGCUUGUUCAGAUGCUGGAAGACUCCGAUUUCCUGCACUCACAGGAAAUGAAGAUGGAAAUUCAGCAGAGCUCACUGAGCAUUGGUUGGAGUAGGUGAAACGAGGAAAAAAAUAAUCAUCAUCAGAGCCUGGGCCUUCAUCCUCAACUCCCACAGGGGCCUGCUGUCAAAAGGGAAAGAGCUUGUCAGUGUGGGACUGGGGUACAAAGCUUUUCACCGCAAGGUUGCUGCUUCCAAUGUGAUCCCACCUCAAGGAAUCACUAAAACUUUGUGCUCAGAGACCACAGCAAUGGGUUUGUUAAAAAUAUAUAGAUAGAUAAAUUUGUUACCAGAUUAUGGCUGCCCAGUUACAGGGUUGGGUGACAUACCCACUCCUAGUCCAGUUCUAGGGGGACAGAUAUCUAUGUCCCACAAGCCAGCACCAUGGCUAACUUCGAUCUUCCCUUUUUUUUUUUUUAAGCCGUCUCAAGCAGGAGAUCAAGCCUUGAUUUGAGCCAUUAAAACAACUCAUCUUUCCACCUCAAUGUGGCUGACCUGUAACUUAGACCUGAGCCAUGUUGCUAGGGUGGGGGCAAACUUACAUUGUUGCUGCCCAUGUGGUAUCACUAAUCCUGGGGCUAAAAUAGAUGCCAGUCUGAAGGCCUGUCAAUCAGACAUAUUUUACCAGCACUAAAUUCAUUUGAGGGGAAGGGAUUUUAAAUAAGUUCAAUGUGCUGGAUGAAUUGUGAUGCCCACAAGAGGCCUGAAAUGGGGAGCAUGGAAAGGAUGCAGGGAGUUGCCACAGAACAUGUUCUUUGCCAUCCAUUGGGUGUGGUCAUUAACAAGAGCUGGGUGGAUUCUGUUUAAGGUACUGACUCUCAAGAGCAGCCAGUACUUCCCCUGAAUCAUGAACAUCCUAAGGUGGUUUUUUAGACCCAGAGGACAAUAGGAUCGGACGCUGUUUAGUAACAGGUGCAUCCCUUGUCUGAGAUGAGACUGACUAGAUGCAUGUAUCCAAAGCUUGAAUUUCACCUUGAUGCAUGCAGCUUAGAGACGUAUGUAUGCUCUUUUGGGGAGGGAAGUUUGGGACUGACUCUGCGUUCUGAUUUUGUUGGAGCUGUCACUGUGACUUAAGACGUUGUUCCAACAUGCUGGCUAAAAGAGACACAAAGGGGGUGGAUGACAAUCUGAACUCUUACAUUUUACAUUCAUUAAAAUACUGUCAGCUUUUUUGAA